AUGCUGUGAUCCACAGAAGCUUAUUGAAUUUUCCUUACAUUACUGUUAUGCUUUCAUUAAAGGAAUCAACUGAGGAAUGAGUGAAGGCACUCGAAUAGCAGUGCGACGGGCAGAGGAAGGGUCCAAGAUGGAGGAGGCAGGACUGUUGCCUGGGACACCCGUCGUUUGCUUGGUUUGUGACCGAAUCAUCAAAACCAUCACUGGGCAGGAGGUGCACAACAUUUUUUUGGAAUCGAGUGUUACUUCCCACACUCAGCAGCAGCUUGGCAACAUGAUUGAGCAAAUAAUUAAGUCUCCGCUGAAUGCCUCUCAGGUGUACUCAAAAACCUUAUGUCGACGAUGCUUUAGAUUGCUUGACGAAUUGGACGAAAUACAACAGCGAUCAGACAACAUCAAAACUACAAUAGCAGGAUGGUAUAACAGGUCGUUCCUUAGAAGACUGAAGUUACCAGAUGGAACUGAAGAAAGCAUAGAGUCAAUGGAGAUUGACAGUCCGGUAGAAGAAGACGAGUCAAACGUAACACUGAAGGAUGAGCCGCUGGACGAGGACGACGACCUUCUAGGGGAGGAACUCCGGCCAGAAGACCAGGGCAUUAGGCCAGAUGACCCUGAGUUUAAUCCAGCAUAUGACAAUGUGUGGAUGAUGGGGAAAGCUAGGGCGAGAGGCCGGGGCAGGUACAUAGAUGUGUUCCCUAAGCCAGAAAUUGUCCAAAAAAUCCUAAAUUACCACAAGUUUCAAGUGAAAAAGGCAAAACAAGUUUCACCUAUUUCCCAGUCAAGUUUGUUGACGCAGGGUCUGUUUACAGGUGAUGAAAACACCGAGGAGCAGCCUGGCUUGGGGGCGGAAGAUUCAGCCACAGCGGCCGCCACAGAAACGGAUGAGCCAACUGCAAGCACUGACGAGAAGCUAGACAAGACGUUACAGGUGACACGUCCCAGGGAACCAGGCAAGAGAGUACCGGUUCUGUCAGAGAGGAUGCGGCUUAGCCUUGCCGAAUUAUCGAGAAAAUCUCGAGCUUUGCCACAGAUAGACACGUAUGGCACUCUAAAGAAGGAGGCAAGGUCUCGGGGCACAAAUUCCGAGGAGCGUGUUAAGAGGCAAUACCGCAAGAGAUCCCACAUCAUCCAUUUGUGUAAGUUCUGCAUGAAGGUUUGUCCCACGGGAGAACAGCUGAAAGAACAUCAGCGGACUCAUGACACCAUUGAGUGUCAGUUUUGUGGCAAAGUUUUGGCUCGGAUUGGAGCAUGGGAAAACCACCUCAAGGAUUUCCACAAUGUUGAAAUUCAAGUGCCGGGAAAUGAAGAUGCCCUAAAUCGCCCCAAAGACGAGGUAGACUGUAGCGUGUGUGGGAAACAAUUCUCAUCAAAAUCUGCCCUUGCUUACCAUUCGAAACUUCAUGAUGGUAAAAGUUACCAUUGUGACAAGUGCCUUAAAGUCUUCACUCAUCCAAGUAACCUGAAAACUCACCAGUUGAGACAUGAGAAAAAGAGGUAUUAUUGUGAUAAGUGUGGUAAGAAAUUCCACACCAACUUUGCUCUUUUAAUGCAUGACAACCAAACUCACCGUAUGGCCAAAUCUUGGAAGUGCAAACACUGUUCUAAAGCCUUCACACGGUGUGCUGCCUUUAAGGAACAUAUACGAAUCCACACUGGUGAAAAGCCAUUUGAAUGUCAUAUAUGUGGUGUUAAGUUUAGAAAAAUCCACCACUUAAAGAAUCAUGCCAAACAACACGAGCCAAAAAAGUUCCGAAGUGGUCCAUUUAAGUGUCAGCUGUGUCCAAGUGCAGUGUUCUUACACAAAGUUUCCUAUGACCACCAUAGAAAGUUCAAGCACCCUGAAGUGGAAAUGAGCACACUGAUUGGCGGAGAAAGUGACGUAUUCAGUUCGAAGAUUGUACUCAAGAGAGAAUACGUGAUUGAGAGCAGAGGAGAGAAAGUCAGCACAAGUUACAUGGUUGGGGAUUUUAAAGAAGGGGAAGGCAUAGAGAUGGUUGGCUUGGAUGACGCCAUCUUUGGUGUCGGAGGCCAGUGCAUCAUUGUCCUUUCAGAAGCUUCCGAGGAUGAUACGAAAAACCAGGUAUUACUGCCUCAGAUAGAGAUGUCCAGUGUCACUGCGGAUGCCACGCCAAUUAUAGAAACUGACUUCCUCAAGGAAGAGAUUGACGACAUCGAGGGCAACAGUGAUGACGAAGUCUCCAAAUUCCAAGAGUUUGACGCAGUUCAGCUCGCCUCUCUACAGGAGCAGAUACAGCUGAGUGAACAAAUGACUGCCACACAACUGCAGCAGAUAUCAAUGGCAGCUCUCGAGAGUGGAAAGUUUCAAGUGCAGAUGGAUGGAGAAACUUUUGAUGUGUAUACAGUGGCUCCGUCAGAGUAGCACUUUGCCUGGCAAAGAAUAAAAAUCGCAGUAACAUGGCUGCAACAAUUCACGACCUACCCAUAGACUGAGGAUAUACCUUUCAGGCCAGGCUGAACUUGUUAAUGGCCCAAAUGUUGAUUAUAGAUUAUUUCAGCAUGAUACAAUAUUUGUACAAGGGUGAAUGACAUUUAGGUGUGCAUGCAUGAAGCCCCUUAAUAUGCAAACCAUUUCAGACAAAUUUAAGCCUAUCUUAAGAUUAAUAAGACAAUGUCCAAUGGAUUGCUUAAAGCCCAUGGCAAGUUGUCUGUUCCAUGGUUUUGCAGUCAUUAUGAUUUUGUGAGUCACUAUGGUCCAAACAACUUGAUAUAAAGAUUUGUGGGUUAUCCAUGUCUCAGCUCAUUGCAGAUUUAUUAGGAUCUUGUACACGAGAGUCGGGUAAACUCAACAGUGUUGCAUCUCUCUCUCUUACAUUGUCAUGUACAUGUACAAACUGUAUUGUGCAGAUUAAGGGUAACAAGAGGUUAAAAAUAUCAAUUUAAAGAAAAUAUUUAUCACAACUUUGUAAUCUUGUGCAUUGUAAAUACACAAGUCAAGAAAUUUUGAAUAGAGAGAAUGUUUUUUUUUUUAUUUGAGUUGUAUAUACACACAUCCUUAUUGACACACAGUACCAUUGUGUGUAUGUAUGUAUACCAUUGUGUGUAUGUAGGUAGUAAGUUGGUAGACAGCAAUCGCCCAGGGAGGUACUACCGUCCUGCCAGGUGAGUGUAAACUGGAAGCCUGCAGUUGUUUUACAUGAUGGUAGGAUUGCUGGUGUCUUUUUCUGUCUCAUAAACAUGCAAAAUUUCAGGUACACAGUGCUACUUCUACUUACACUUAGGUCACACUACACACAAAUGUAUAAGCAUGUAUACACACACCCCUCUGAGUUUUCUUCUAUUUUCUUACUAGUUCUUGUUCUUGUUUAUUUCCUCUUAUCUCCAUGGGAAAGUGGAACAGAAUUCUUCCUCUGUAAGCCAUACAUGUUGUAAGAGACAACUAAAAUGCCGGGAGCAAGGGGCUAGUAACCCCUUCUCCUGUAUAUAUUACUAAAUGUAAAAGGAGAAACUUUCGUUUUUUUCUCUUGGGCCACCCCGCCUCGGUGGGAUUCGGCCAGUGCGUUGAAAGAAGAAAGAUAUAUAAAUUAUAUUCAGCAGCAGUGAAAAUACAUAAGAAUUAGCAUUUAUUAAACAUUUGAAAUGGUCCUGUAUGUGCAUGUGCACAUACAGGAGGAGGGACAGGGAUGUUGCAGUCAGGGAGGUAACUCGUGAUGUCAACACACUUCUGGUAAUGAUUGAGUGAUGGUGAAUGUGUUUUCUUCUUUGGAUCCUUACUGUUAUGGCAGGUUAUUAAGGUAAAACAUAACCAUGUGUGCACACGUGAGUGUACAUGGAAAAAACACACAUGCCUAUGUGGCAGUUUUUACAAAUAGGUAAAGCUCUUAGUGGAAGCAAAGAACUGGUAACCCCUUCCUCCAUAUAAAUUACUAAAUGUAAAAAGAAAAACUUUCGUUUUUCUGUUUAGGUCACCCUGCCUCAGUGGGAGACGGCCGGUAUGUUGAAAAAAAUAAUUUUUCUCUUUAGGUCACCCUGCCUUGGUGGGAGAUGGCCAAUGCAUUUUUUCCUUCUUGGAUCAAGCCUGUUUGCUUCCCAUUCACCAGGUGCUCAGCAGCUAUUGUUUACAUUAGACCCCUGGAUAACAUGCAGUCUGUUAAUACGUUUUUUAAAACAUUUUGCAGAAUUCUGGCGUAUUUUUGGUGUAUGUUAUAAAAAUCAGUUUACAUGGCGGAGUAAAUGUAGGGGAAAAUGUGGCAUGUACUGCAGUCUUUUCUUCUGUCUUGCAGUGAACCUCAGGGUUAGUACAUUGUCUUGUGAGCUAGUGGGUGGGAGCAUGGGAGUUAGUAGAUGAGGACAAGGUACUGGGUGAAGACAGGUGAGUGAAGGUUAGACCAAAUGGGUGAAAGUGGUCUGUAGGUACAUACUGUCGCUGCCAUCCCACAUGCCUACUCCAGUACAUCCCAUGUGGCACUGUAACAUGUGGUCAGUUGGGCACUGGUGUGGGGACGGGCAGAGGCAGGUGGGUGAGUAUAUGCAGGCGAGGGCAAGUGUUUGGGAGAGAGGUGGGUGCAAACGUGAGAGGGAGGAGUGAAGUCCACAAAAGCAUGGUGGGGAGGGGGUAUGGGUGAUGAGCAUCUGUGGGAGAUAGGUGAAAGUGUUGGUCCACAGCUGUCCUCCCCUGCCACACAUGGACAGGAGGUUGAAUAUGUGUGGUGGGAUGGAUGAAGGUAGGUGAGGUACUGGAGUGAGCAAGGUAACAUUUAUGAAGGAAUUCAGGGGGAACUGGUCAUCCAGACUGGAGUCCUGGAGGUGAGACAUACAGUGCCUGCACUCUGAAGGAGGAAUGAGGAUGUUGCAGUUCCAAGGGCCACCAGAAUAGUGACAUUGGUGCACCUUUGGCAAAACAAACAAUACAUAUAAUUAAUAUCUUUUCUGCAGUAUACGGGUGACACAUUUCACAUAAAAUGCUCUUAGGCCCAAGAGAAAACCAAUAUGCAGUGCACUUUGGAUAACGAAUAAAUGAUAGUGAAUGCAUUUCCUCCCUUCUGGGUGGCCCUAUCUUGGUGAGAAAUGGCCACUUGCAUUAAAAAAAAAAAAAAGUUGGGUGUAAAGUAGCGACUCAUGUGAGAAAUGCAUAAAUGUGUGGAAUUUCACAUCGCUGUGUUGCUGUUGCCCAGAAUAUAUUAUUUACUAUGUAAAUGAACCAUUGUGAGUUCCCUGUUUGUGAUUACUUUCACAAGGCAGUCAUGUCUAUAUAGCAGUCAUGUCUACAUAGCAGUCAUGUCUACAUAGCAGUCAUGUCUAUAGCAGUCAUGUCUACAUAGCAGUCAUGUCUACAUAGCAGUCAUGUCUGCAAAGAAGUCAUCUAUAUACAGCAGUCAUGUCUACAUAGCAGUCAUGUAUGCAUGGUAGUUAUGUAUGCAUAAGUCAUGUCUACAUAGUACAGUGGACCCCCGGUUUGCGAAGCUAUCGGUAUCCGAUAAAUCCGGUAACCGAUGCAUUAUAUCGCAAAAAAUUUGCCUCAGUUCCUGUUACAAAACCCAGUAUGCAAUACUAUUCGUACGAGAUGUGUCCAGUGUUUACAAGCCAGCCAGUGUAUGCGCAUCUAAGGAUACAUUCGGUACAUUCUAUAUUAUCCAUAUUAUCACUGUUUUUGGUGCUUGUUUCUGCAAAAUAUGACUAUUGAAAUUAAGGAAAUGUGUGCAAAGUGGCUUGAAGCGCAAAUCUUUAUGGAUGAAAAUCACCCUCACACAGCUAUUGCAAGCCGUGUUGGCAACCUGUACACUGACAAUGUUGUGAAACACUUUAGGAAAGUCAUAAAGGAACGAGUGGUACAGGCCUCUAUGGACAGAUAUGUUGUGCGACACAAGUCCAGUGACUCUCAACCUGGUCCUAGUGGCAUUAAAAGAAGAAGGGAAGUAACCCCGGAAAAGGACUUGCUACCUCAAGUCCUAAUGGAGGGUGAUUCCCCUUCUAAAUGCUAACACCAUCCACACACUCCCCUCCUCCCAUCCCAUCAAUCAUCACCAGAUCUUCAUUAGAGGUAAGUGUCAAUUAUUCUUUUGUUACAUAUUAUUCUAUUGUUGUUGUUGUUAUUGUAAUUAUUCUAUUGCAUUAAACUUAAUAUUUCAUGUGGUAAAAGUUUUUUUUUUUCAUACUUUUGGGUGUCUUGCACGGAUUAAUUUGAUUUCCAUUAUUUCUUAUGGGGAAAAUUGAUUCGCUUUCCGAUAAUUUUGGUUUAUGAUGAGCUCUCAGGAACGGAUUAAUAUCGUGAACCGGGGGUCCACUGUAUUCAUGUCUGCAAUCCAUGUACAUCCUAUACAUAAAAAUACAUCCUAUACAUAAAUGACCUACCAAAUGCUUCGCAAUUACUCAAACCCACACUAUUUGCAGAUGACACUACAUACGUCUUCUCUCACCCGAGCCCAGUCAUGCUAGCCAAUACUGUAAAUACCGAAUUACAGAAAAUAUCUACCUGGAUGAGGACUAACAAACUUAACACUAAACACUGAGGACUAACAAACUUACACUAAACAUUGACAAAACCUACUUCAUUCAGUUUGGUAACAGAGCUACAGAUGUCCCUCUUAACAUAAUGAUAAAUGGAUCACCUAUCACAAAGCUAACAGAGGGAAAAUUCUUAGGAAUCCACCUUGAUAAUAGACUCAAAUUUCAUACACAUAUACAACAAAUUUCUAAGAAAAUUUCCAAGACUGUAAGUAUACUAUCGAAGAUACGGUACUAUGCUCCACAGUCAGCCCUCCUGGCUCUAUAUCACUCUCUUAUUUACCCCUAUAUCACCUAUGGAAUUUGUGCAUGGGGGUCAACAACAAUUAACAAUCUCAGACCACUAAUUACCCAACAAAAGGCUGCAGUUAGAAUGAUAACAAAUUCUCACUACAGGCAGUACACUCCACCAAUAUUCAAAACACUCAACCUACUCACCAUACAAAACAUCCAUACUUAUUACUGCACCUAUUACAUACAUAGAACACUUAACUCUGAUAUUAACCCUCCCCUCAAACAUCUUGCCAACCUCAACAGAACACAUGACCAUAACACAAGGCACAGAUCACUCUUUGAUGUUCCUUGUGUCCAUCUCACGCUAUGCAAAAACUCAAUGCACAUCAAAGGCCCUAAAAUCUGGAAUUCAUUACCUGUAAAUAUAAAAGAAACACUACCUGUUUAUAAAUUCAAGUCUCUUCUCAGAGAUCACUUACUCACCCAAAACCAAAUAAAUACAGUGGACCCCUGCUUAACGAUCACCUCCCAAUGCGACCAGUUAUGUAAGUGUAUUUAUGUAAGUGCGUUUGUACGUGUAUGUUUGGGGGUCUGAAAUGGACUAAUCUACUUCACAAUAUUCCUUAUGGGAACAAAUUCGGUCAGUACUGGCACCUGAACAUACUUCUGGAAUGAAAAAAUAUCGUUAUCCGGGGGUCCACUGUACUGCAUAACUGAACCUUAUAAAUUGUAUAUCUUAAAUGUUUCUCACAAUUAUAUCACAUAAAUGUUAAACCUAAAACCCAAUCUAACAGAAUACUCCAUUCGACUGAAUGUACAACAAUGCAUGCAACCAUAUGACCUGUCUUUGUAAUAUUCAUUUGUGCUUUAUAGUUAUCUGUUUACAAUAAUGUCUUAUCACUGAUUUCAUCAUUGCUUAGUUAAUCUUAAGUAAAUUUUAAGCCAGCCCGUAAUGCUAUGCAUAUAAGUGGCUUUGGCAUGCUGCUCUUACCUGUUAUUUUUUUUUUGUACCUCUGUAUGUAUGCUCAAAUUACUAAAUAAAUAAAUAAAUAAAUAAAUAAAUUGCACUUAAUAAUACUUAACAGUCAUGUAUGCAUAUCUGUGAUGUAUACAUAUCAGCCAUAUUAAUUUUACUCAUGUAUACAUAGCAGCUAUGGACUGUUUAUAUGGAUGUAUAAAUACCAAUCAUAUACAUGUAUAUAUAUACUUAUCAGUCAUGUGUACAUACUAGUCAUGUGUAUAUACCAGUCAUGUGUACAAAACAGUCAUACAUAUUUAUUCAUGUAAAUCACCAUUCAUUCUGUUACGGACUCUUGUAAAAAAUGUUGUAAAUUUAACACAAUUGAAUAAAUGAUUAAAUCAAUUAGCUGUUGAUUAGUUAUCCACAAACCAACUGUAUUGUACAGGAGGGCCACACUUAUACAGUAGGCUGGGCUCCGGGCUACUGUAGGGCCCCCACUUAUACAGCAGGUUGGGUUCCUGACUACUGUAGGGCCCCACUUAUACAUCAGGUUAGGUUCUGGGCUACUGUAGGGCCUUGCUUAUACAGCACGUUAGGUUCCAGGACACUGCAGGGACCCACUCAUACAGCAGUUUAGGUUACCUUAAAAUAUUUUUGUCUUUUGCUUAAAGUGAGUGAUGAAUAUAUUUGUUGUAGGAAGUCUGAAUAAAUGAAGAAUGGGUAUAAUUAAUAACUGCUGCAUUAGCAAAAUGCUUUAAAGCAAAGUGCUCUAAAGUGAGGCCCUCUUGUAUGCACUCAAGAGCAAAACCAAAAUCUGCCACACUACUUUGAAUUCCCAUCAUGGUAUGCAAGGGUAUGUACACCGAGGCAUAUAAUUUUUUUAUGGCACACAGGAGCGCCUCGACUUACAAUGGUUCAACUUAUGAUAUUUUGACCUUACGUUGGUGCAAAAGCAAUUACACCUACCCUCCGACUUACGACCAGCUCGACAUACAACCAUUCGACUUACGACUGUGUUUUGUAUGCCAAAUUUCUGGGAAAUAAACAACUGUUUGUGUUGUACACAGUGUUUAACCUAAACCUUACAGUAUAAAAUACAGUACUAACAGCAUAAAAAGUAAAGUAAAAAAUGAAAUACCAAAAUAAAACAAUAAAAUAAAGUCAUUACAAAAAUGUGAUAUUAUUUUUCAGUAGUAAGGUUCGACUUACGUCCAUUUCGACUUACGACCGGUUGGUCAGAACUGAACUCGGUUGUAAGUCGGAUGGUACCUGUACUCUGGAGAUGAAAAUUAAGAUAA